AAAUAAUAUUGUUGAUAAAUGCUGUUGAUCCGAAUAAUAAUGGUCGUAUUGAUUGCCUGAUCAAUUCGACUAUUGGAUAUUCUGAUCCAAAAAAUGUUUAUCAAUGUAAACAACCAAUGAAAUGUUGUUUUGAAUAUACAAAACCAUCUUGCUGUGGUCGUAAACCAUCGAUACAGAUAAUCAAAGAACAAAUAACAUUAUGGGGUGGUUUAUUUACAAUAUUAUUCUGUUUAGCAUCAAUUGUUUAUUGUCGUAAAAAAGAUGUUAAUCUACCUGCUUGUCAAUCAUUUAAAAAUGUUCUAGUUCGUUUAUGUUGUGGCGUCAAUCAUAAUCAAGAUGCUAAUCAAAAUAAUCAAAAUGAUGAAACAAUUGUAGCGAUUAAUCGUAAUCAUUCAUCCAAUAAAUCAAAUAAUCAAAAUCAUCAUAUAUCAUCUAAAAAUCUAAUGAAUUCAACUUUGAACUUUGAUGAAGAUGACGACGAUGAUAAUAAAAAUUACGUACAAGAAAUGAAAUCAAAUUAUAGCCAUCAAUCAAUGAAAAAAAAUUAUCGCUCCAAUAAUAAUCAGCCAAUGCUGAUCAACAAUAAUCAUAAUUUAAAUCACCAACAGCCACCACCACCAUUACAAACAACAAACGUCAUGAAAAAUCAACAAUCAUCAUCAUUAUGGUAUCAUCGUAAUCAAACAAAAGUAAAUCCAUUACCUCAACAUCAUUAUAAUCAUCAACAACAACAACCACGACAACAGUCUACAAUGAUACAAAUGAGCCAAGUUUGACCUAUUCAAAUUUUAAAUUUUUUCAUUGGAAAAAAUUAAAUCAACCAUAUAUAUUCUCUCGCUUUUUUUCCAUAAAACAAUCAACCAUCAUCAAGCAAA